AUGAAGCAGCAUGGCACCCAUGGAAGUGUUUUGAUGAUAUGCUCACAGUCAUCGCACCAUGUUUGUCCUGGCCAUUUAUUGACUGGCUACGCGGGUACCAAGGGUUUUGUUUGGUCGCUAGCAAGAAGCCUGGCUCAUGAGCUCGCUUCCGACAGCAUUCGCGUGAACACAGUCUCUCCAGGGUACAUUGCCACUGAUAUGAACCUGUCAAUCGCCGCCCAUCGACCGGGGCUAUUUCGCAUUUUUCACGAGGCACCCCCUCUUGGGCGCGUUGGAAAGCCCGAAGACCUUCAAAUGGCUGCAUUGUAUUUACUGAGUGACGCCUCCUCAUAUGUGACUGGGCAGGAUCUUGUCGUGGAUGGAGGAAUGCAAGUCUCUUCUGGGAACUACAAAUGCCCCUCUGACUAG